AUGUCUAUCCUUGGAUUAAAGAAGAAACAGCCAAAGACUUUCAAAGUAAAAGUCAUAACCAUGGAUGCUGAAAUGGAGUUCAGCUGUGAGGUGAAAUGGAAAGGUAAGGACCUGUUUGAUUUGGUGUGCCGCACUGUUGGCUUGAGGGAAACCUGGUUUUUUGGACUAAGAUACACAGUAAAGGACACAUACGCCUGGCUGAAACAGGAGAAACGGGUUUUGGACCAAGAGGUUCCAAAAGACUCUCCCAUAAUGUUUCAUUUCUUGGCCAAAUUCUUCCCUGAAAAAGUAGAGGAGGAACUGGUCCAAGAAAUAACACAACACCUCUUCUUUUUACAGGUGAAAAAGCAAAUAUUAGACGAGGAGAUAUUUUGCUCUCCUGAAGCCUCAGUUUUGUUGGCUUCGUAUGCUGUCCAGGCAAAGUAUGGGGAUUAUGAUCCAAACUUUCACAAGCCUGGGUUCUUGGCACAAGAUGAGUUGUUGCCAAAAAGGGUGUUGAUGCAAUACCAAAUGACAGCUGACAUGUGGGAGGAGAAGAUCACAGCCUGGUACGCUGAGCACAGAGGUAUCGCCAGGGAUGAAGCCGAGAUGGAAUACCUCAAAAUCGCUCAAGACCUAGAGAUGUACGGCGUCAGCUACUUCCACAUUACCCAAAAUAAGAGGGACACAGACUUGUUACUGGGAGUGGAUGCUCAGGGGCUUCACAUCUACAGCCCGAACAACAAGCUCAACCCCAACAAGUCCUUUCCGUGGAGCGGAAUCCGCAACAUCUCCUACAGCGAAAAAGAGUUUACGAUCAAACCUCUGGACAAAAAGAAAGACGUUUUUAAGUUCUACUCGUCUCAGCUUCGUGUCAACAAGCUUAUCCUACAGCUGUGCAUUGGGAACCACGACCUAUUUAUGAGGAGGAGGAAGGUGGACUCAAUUGAAGUGCAACAGAUGAAGUCUCAGGCUAAAGAGGAGAAGGCCCGUAAGAAGAUGGAGCGUCAGAUCCUGGCACGAGAGAAACAGAUGAGAGAAGAAGCAGAACGUGCAAAAGAGGAGAUGGAACGAAGACUUUUUCAGCUGCAGGACGAAGCUCGGCUGGCAAACGAGGCACUGCUGCGAUCUGAAGAAACAGCAGACCUGCUGGCAGAGAAGGCCCAGAUUGCUGAGGAAGAAGCCAAGCUGUUGGCUCACAAGGCCGCUGAAGCAGAGCAAGAAAGACAGAGGUUGGAGGUCACAGCCAUGAAGACGAAGGAGGAGAAAAGGCUGAUGGAGCAGAAGAUGAGGGAGGCGGAGCAGCUGGCGGUAAAGCUGGUGGAGCAGUCUGAGAGGAGACUAAAAGAGGCUGAUCAUCUGAAGCAGGACCUGACAGAAGCAAAGGAUGCAGAACGAAGAGCCAAGCAGAAGCUGUUGGAGAUCACCAAGACAACAUACCCUCUCAUAGCGGCGUACUCCACCCCUCCUGCUCCCCCUGAACCAGCAGACUUUGGCUAUGAACCAGCAGCUUCUCGCCUGGACUUCAAGGAUUCCGACAUGAAGCGGCUGUCGAUGGAGAUCGAAAGAGAAAGACUGGAGUACAUGGAGAAGAGCAAACACCUGCAGGACCAGCUGAAGGAGCUGAAGACAGAGAUCGAAUCUUUGAAGCUGGAGGAGCAGCAACAGCAGCACCAGGCCAACAUGUACAGCCUUCACAAUGAGGCCAGAGGAUACGUGCAGGACCCCCUCUACAUAUCUCACAGCAACCGAAAUUCUGCCUACAUGUCCCAGAUGGCCUUUUUUGAGGAAGUGUGAUCAAGUUAAGGACGAAAGGCGGUGGCUGCGGUUGGAAUUCAUCCAUCCUUGCUUUUACCUGACUGAAUCUGUCUUCAAAAACCGACAGACAUCUUUCAAAAUCACUUUUCUUCUGUUUGUAUGACACAAAAAGAACUUCCAGUGUGUGACUAACGCAGCAGUAAAGCUGACUCGUGAUGUAGCGCUGAAGACGGACAGGUUGUUUGGUGUGGAUGGAAGAUGCAUCGGACCUACACCUGGUCAAAAGACUGCUUUAAUAAUAAAACAUAAAUGCCAUAAAAGAUUUAUAAAGUCAGAGUGAAUUUCAAAUUGUGUCCAUUUAAUUUAGGAAGAAUCGUCUAAACAGCUUCUGGAGGAAAAAGGAGAAAACUGAACUCUAAAUGUCAGAUUUGAGAAGCUGAUGUGAACGGCAGUGUUGGGUUUGUGUUUUUUUAACCCUCUUUGUUGCUUUUGAUAUCACACAUAGGCUUCCAGAGAGCGAUCAUAUCACCUCACUGAUGUGCAUUUCACUAUUUCAGUCUUUAAUGUGUUUUUUUUUUUUUUUAGAUUUACAUUUUAUACUCCACACUGCUGAUGUGCCUUAAACUUUAUAUUUUGUUACAGUGAUUGAGGAUACUUGUUAUUUUUCUUCUUGCAUGCUUUAGUGUUGGGUUACAGGAACUUUAGAGUUUAGGUUCUCUUUAUAACCAGCAGAAUACAGGGCCUUUUCAUUACAUUCAAGUCGAUGCACUCCUCAGGUUUAGUCUUUUUCACUGCAGCUAUAAUUUAUCAAGUGUUAAGUCGUCUACCCAAGAAUUCCAAUGUUGAAUUUAUGCAAGGAGUCUAAAUAAACAGAGUUUUGCACCGGGGGAAAAAAAAAACAACAGUUAUAGCUACCUUGGAGAAACUUGAUUUGAAGUUUUCUAUUGUACGGUUUAAAAAGAAAUACUUCAACCUACACGGUAUCUGCAAAGGGGGAUUUAGCAUCAUGGGGUAAAGAGCAUUUGACACAGAAAGACUUCAUCCCGUUUUGAAAAGCCGCAUUUCAGCCAGAUUAUUCUUGUGUUGUGUUACAUUUCUCACUGGCCUCUCAAAGGAAGAAACUGGGUUCUAAAUAUAUAACCUCAGAAAGUCACAUUAAUUUAUUCAAACCAGCUCCUUAAAGAGAUUUAACAUAAAUGGUAGCACAUUAUUUCCCAUCAUUUUUUAACCAUUUGCAUUUUUUAUUUACCUUCCGUUUCUACUCGUCCAGAAAUACGUCUCGUUUCUCUCACUUUUGGGGGUAAAUCCUUUUUCUGUGCUCAGAUUUGCUGAAUGACAAAUGUCAUACACUUUUAUGUCCAAUAUUAAGAUUUUGGAGGGUGUUUACAUCAAAAAGGAAGAAAAAUAAAUCCCAUUACUUACUGGUUUUUGUUUUUAAUAUCAACUUUGUCUGCGGUCUUUGCCUACAGAUAUAAUGGGAUGACAUUUUUUGAUGCGAGUUUGUUCCCAAAGGCUUGUAUUGGAUAAUAAAAGAGUAAUUCUUUUCAACUGAA